CCUUGUGUGGUUGAUGAUGAGUGAUGACCAAGAUACAAGACGCAAGAAAGAGUGAGAUGGAGUGGUGUAUGUCAAUUCCAAAGGUAGAAUUGCAUGCUCACCUCAAUGGAUCCAUCAGAGACUCCACACUUCUGUAUGUUUCAACUCUUUUGCUUUUUCGACCCUGUUUUCCAACACUCUCAAUUUUACUUUUUUCUUUUUCUUUUUCCCAGCGAACUUGCUAAAGGUUUGGGUGACAAGGGUCUCAUUGAUUUCUCCCUAGUCGAGCAUGUUAUCCUCAAAAAUGAUCGUUCAUUAUCUGAGGUAUUCAAGCUGUUUGACGUAAUCCACAUUCUUACAACUGAUCAUGCGACCGUUACAAGAAUUACGAAAGAAGUUGUUGAAGAUUUUGCAUCAGAGAAUGUUGUGUAUGUGGAGUUGAGAACUACUCCAAAGAAAAAUGAGUCCAAAGGAAUGAGCAAACGCUCUUAUAUUGAAGCUGUACUUGAAGGUCUAAGAGCUGUCAGUUCGGUUCAUCUGGGUUUUAUUCCUCUCAGCGAGGAGAUUAAAAACCAUUCAAACCCUAUACUCUCAGCCUCAGCUACAGAUGAUAGAAGUAAUGAAAAUACUAGGAAAAAAGUCUUUGUUAGGCUUCUCUUAAGCAUUGACCGGAGGGAGACAACGGAAGCAGCAAUGGAAACUGUCAUGCUUGCGCUGGAAAUGAGGCAUUUUGGGGUUGUUGGAAUUGACCUCUCUGGGAAUCCAGCUGUUGGUGAAUGGGUUACAUAUUUGCCAGCACUAAAAUUUGCUCGAGAACAAGGUCUUUAUGUAACUCUUCACUGUGGAGAGGUGCCUAACUCGAGGGAGAUACAUGAUAUGCUUGACUUUCUUCCUGAAAGGAUUGGACAUGCAUGUUUCUUUGAGGAGGAACACUGGAGAAAGCUGAAAUCGUCUAAAAUUCCGGUUGAACUUUGUUUGACAUCAAACAUUAGGACAUUGUCCGUUCCAUCAAUAGAUGCUCAUCAUUUUGUGGAUUUGUAUAAUGCAAAACAUCAUGUAGUCCUGUGUACUGAUGACUCUGGUGUGUUCUCCACCAGUCUCUCCAACGAAUACAAAAUUGCUGCUUCUUCAUUUGGCCUUGGAAGGAAGGAGAUGUUUGAGCUAUCAAAGAAUGCUGUUGAAUUCAUAUUUGCAGAUAAUAUGGUAAAGGAGGAUUUAAGAAAUAUUUUUAGUUUAGCAGCAAAGAAUCUGUAGCUGUAGGUAGAAUGCCAUACAUGAGGAUUGUGUGGAUGUGUAUUUAGGUCAUUCGAUGUUAUGAUGCUUACUGGGCAUACAGUAAGGGACACAACUAACUGCUGGUAUGUUAGUAGACAAUGAGUUAACAAGGUUGUUUGGGGCUGGUGGUACUAAAGAAUAGAUUGAAAUUGGUUAUUGAUUGAAAAUUAUCUUUUAUAAAUCAGGCAUUUAAGUGAUU